UCCACAACUCACACAAAAGAAAAAAAACCCCAUCUCUCUAUCUCUCUCUCUCCACUCUCUUCUUCUUUCACUCUAAAAAAAGUCCAAAUCCAAAAUCUAAAACACCAGAUUUUGGGCAAUGGAUCAGCAAAACUCUGCAACAAUGCAGAGUCUAAACACAGAAUUACAGCAACAACAACAACAGCGAGAUGAAGAAGAAGAAGAAGAAGAAGCCAUUUCCAAAUCUUCUAAAAAAGGCGGUCUUCUUACUAUGCCGUUCAUCAUAGUUAACGAAUCAUUGGAGAAGGUGGGGAGUUACGGAUUAAUGCCAAACAUGAUAUUGUAUUUAAUGAAGGAUUACAAUUUGGGGUUUGCUAAAGGAAACAAUAUCCUGUUUUUUUGGUCUGCUGCUAUCAAUUUCAUGCCUCUUCUUGGUGCCUUUCUCGCUGAUUCUUAUCUGGGUCGUUUCCUCACUAUUGGCUUUGGCUCCAUUGCUACUUUCUUGGGCAUGUUACUUCUAUGGCUAACGGCGAUGGUUCCAUCGACGAAACCACCCGCGUGCGAUCAGCUCCACCCGGAAACCUGCCGAUCUCCAACGGCGGCCCAAAUGGCCCUUCUGGCUGUCGCAUUGACCCUCAUGUCCAUUGGAGCUGGCGGCGUUCGACCCUGCACUCUAGCUUUCGGCGCCGAUCAAAUCGACCGGCGGGAUAAUCCGAACAACAAAAGAAUGCUGGAGAGAUUCUUCGGGUGGUACUACGCAUCGGCUUCAUUUUCAGUUCUAAUCGCAUUGACUGGAAUCGUUUACAUCCAAGAUCACGUUGGUUGGAAAGUGGGAUUUGGAGUUCCGGCGGGUCUUAUGCUUUUCGCCACCGUUCUGUUCUUUGCAGCUUCAUCGAUUUAUGUGAAACAGAAGGCCACCAAGAGCUUGUUUAGUAGCUUCGCGCAAGUCGUCGUCGCCGCCUUUAAGAACCGAAAGUUCCCAUUACCGACGUCGCCGGCGUCUACUAAGUGGUUUUAUCAUAAAGAUUCUCUUUUCACUCAACCCUCCGAUAAGCUCAGGUUUUUGAACAAAGCAUGUGUAGUGAAGAAUCCUGAGCAAGACAUCGCCGGUGACGGAACGGCGGCAGAUCCAUGGAGUUUAUGCACAGUAGAGCAAGUAGAAGAACUCAAGACCCUAAUCAAAGUAAUCCCCAUCUGGUCCACCGGCGUAAUGAUGUCCAUUAACAUCAGCCAAAGCUCUUUCCCUCUUCUUCAAGCCAAAUCCAUGGACCGUCACAUCUCUUCCACUUUCCAAAUCCCCGCCGGUUCCUUCGGCACCUUCGUCAUCAUUACCAUCGUCAUCUGGGUCAUCCUCUACGACCGCGCUAUUCUCCCUCUCGCCUCCAAAAUCCGCGGGAAACCAGUUCAUUUCGGCGUCAAAUCUAGAAUGGGCGCCGGUCUAAUCUGCUCCGCCAUGUCCAUGGCCCUCUCUGCCAUCGUCGAAAACAUCCGCCGCAGAAAAGCCAUUGCACAAGGAAUCGUGGAUGAUCUGGACGCCGUUGUCGACAUGUCGGCUCUGUGGCUAAUUCCACAACAUUGCUUGAAUGGAUUAGCGGAAGCCCUGAAUGCGAUCGGGCAAACAGAGUUUUAUUACUCUGAGUUUCCGAAGACGAUGUCGAGCGUUGCUUCAUCGUUGUUUGGAUUGGGAAUGGCUGUGGCGAACUUGUUGGCGAGUGCGAUUAUGAGUACUGUGGAUAAUGUUACUUCCAAGGGUGGAAAAGAGAGUUGGGUUUCGAAGAACAUAAACAAAGGGCAUUUCGAGAAAUAUUAUUGGCUGCUUGCAAUUUUGAGUGUUAUCAAUGUGUUGUACUAUGUUGUGUGUAGUUGGGCAUAUGGACCGAGUGUGGAUCAGAGAAGAACUGCCAUGGAUGAUGGAAAGAUAAGCUCGAAUGAGGACGAAUUGUCAAUGUUGGAUGCUAGGGUUAAGGAAGAAGAAGGAGAGUUGCAUAAGGUCAAGGAAUUGGAGGCUUGAAUAUGGAGUUUGUGUGUUUAUGUAUAUUUGUUUGAUCAAACAGCCAAAAAGGGCAUAUUCACAUAUUUAUAUAUUUAUAUGUAUGUAUUAUUUAUGUAUAAUCCUAAGUUUGCAUUUGCAUAUUCUAUAAUUUAAUUCUAUCUUCUAAGUUA